ACCGACUCGACCCACUCGUUCGACUGACCCUCAGACGCCCACACGGCACCCUCACCCACUCGACACACCGCCCGCCCUCGUCGUCGCGCCGUCGUUCUUGCCCCGACCUCCACCUCGACCAACAACUAGCCCACUCGGCCUCGCGCCACUCGAUCCGCACCCGCGAGACCCGCCAGAGCCAGCACACGCUCUCACGCACCCUACCACGGUUGUCGACGAGCUGCCCGCCAUGGCCCCACUCGUGUCCCUCCUCGCGUCGCUCCCCAAGAUCCGCCAGGCGCUCAUGACGCUCACGGGCAUCGCCGGCGUGUUCGACAUGGUCGCCGCCAUCGUCCUCUUGGCGUACCAACUGUCCCUCACCGUCUCGUUCCAGCACGUCGUCCCCUCGAUCGUCGUCACCUCGUUCCUCUGCGCCCUCUUCCCGGUCUGGUUCCUCUACUCGCGCCCGUACGCCAUUCGCCUCCCCGGCAAGGGCGAGGCCGCCGUCGGGAGCAAACGCGACAAGAUCGCCAAGUUCUCGAGGAGCGUCGCCGCCGAGCUCAUCUGCCUCGCCGGCACCGGCGUCUGGGUCCUCAUCAGCGUCAGCACGCUGCACGCCGAGACGCCCGGCCUCAUGUACCACUGCGGCGGGUACGCCAUCUGCAGGAUGCUCCUCUGCGUCUUUGCCCUCACCUGGAUCUGCUUCCUCUUCCUCGCCUGCACCUUCGCCACCCUCCUCGCGUCGACCAUCUACUUCAUGUUCCGCCGCUCGUCGCCAUUCCCCAUCUUCACCAAGUCGUUCCUCGCCAUCGACUGGGAGCGCUACUCCGGCCGCCCCGUCAACCGCUCGGCGACGGUCAAGCGCGUGCGCAAGGGCACGCAGAAGGGCGGCAAUGAGACGGGCGCCGGCACCAAUGCGCCGCGCAAGCUCGAGGGCGCCGACGACGACGACAAGGACACCGACGGGCGCCUGCGCCGCGACGACUCGUGCGCGCCCGUGCUCCCCUUUGCCAACGCGUACGGCCACACGCGCACGGGCAGCGGGUUCAACUCGAGCGUGCGCAGCGGCGCCGGCACGCUCGACUGGGACGUGCAGAGCACCAUGACGGACCGCACGCGGCCGUUGACCAUGUACGGCGCGCACGCGUACCCGCACGGCAUGGCGCCGCCGUCCGAGCCCGGGACGCCCAAGCGCGAGGACCAGGUGUUUGUGCUCGACAUGGGCGACGAGGAGGACAAGCCGGUCGUCGCCAAGGAGGAGGAGCAGGCCAAGAAGGACGACUCGACGACGGGCGCAGCUCUCUGAGCGCGCCGCCUCCCCUCCUCCCUCUCACGACGCCUCUCUUUCCUCGACGACCGCUGGACGAUCUCCCUCCCCUCUGUUUACUCCCUGCAUCCGCCGCAUGUCACGUCUGCUCCCCUUUCCUCGACCUCGCUGCAAUCACCCUCCUUUCGCGCGGCC